AUGUCUCUACUCUGCCAUAACAAAGGCUGUGGGCAGCACUUUGACCCCCAAACCAACCUUCCUGAUUCCUGUUGCCAUCACCCUGGGGUCCCAAUCUUCCAUGAUGCACUUAAGGGUUGGUCCUGCUGCCGGAAGCGAACUGUAGAUUUCUCUGAGUUCUUAAACAUCAAGGGCUGUACUGUGGGACCACACUGUGCUGAGAAGCUCCCUGAGACCCCUCAACCUGAGGGCCCUGCCACAAGCAGUUCACUUCAGGAGCAAAAACCUCCGAAUACGAUUCCAAAGUCAGCAGAGACUUUGCGCCGGGAGAGGCCCAAGUCAGAGUUGCCUCCAAAGCUGCUUCCGCUAAAUAUAUCCCAAGCCCUGGGAAUGGCACUGGAAAAGAAGGAAUUAGACCAAGAACCUGGAGCAGGACUUGACAGUAGUCUGAUCCAGACUGGUGCCAGCUGCCAGAACCCAGGAUGUGAUGCUGUUUACCAAGGCCCGGAGAGUGAUGCUACUCCAUGUACCUACCACCCAGGAGCACCUCGAUUCCAUGAGGGGAUGAAAUCUUGGAGUUGUUGUGGUAUCCAGACCCUGGAUUUUGGGGCAUUCCUGGCACAGCCAGGGUGCAGAGUUGGUAGACAUGACUGGGGGAAGCAGCUGCCAGCGUCUUGCCGUCAUGAUUGGCACCAGACAGAUUCCUUAGUAGUGGUGACUGUAUACGGUCAGAUUCCACUUCCUGCGUUCAACUGGGUGAAGGCCAGUCAAACUGAGCUUCAUGUCCACAUUGUCUUUGAUGGUAACCGUGUGUUCCAAGCACAGAUGAAGCUCUGGGGGGUCAUAAACGUGGAGCAGAGCUCUGUCUCCUUGAUGCCAUCUCGGGUUGAAAUCUCCCUGGUCAAGGCUGACCCAGGAUCCUGGGCCCAGCUGGAGCACCCCGAUGCACUGGCUGAGAAGGCUAAGGCAGGGGUUGGGUUAGAGAUGGAUGAGGAAGAAUCUGAGGAUUCAGAUGAUGACCUGAGCUGGACAGAGGAGGAGGAAGAGGAGGAAGUGAUGGGGGAAUAG